UAUAAGGAAACUUGAACUGUGUUUUGUUGAAUUUUCGAAAUGGGCUUUUUAACGUUUGCCCUGCUGGGCUUGGCAUUAGCCUUAUUCUACAACUUCUAUCAAAAUACUUUUAACUACUGGAAGAAUCGUGGAGUGCCUUCUGAACGCCCUCUUCCGAUUAUUGGGAACAUGAAAGGCGUUGGAAGUAAAUAUCACUUUCGUGAUAUUAAUGGCAGACUCUAUAAAAAAUUCAAAGGCACUGCGCCAUUCGCGGGCAUGUACUUAUUUUUCAAGAGAGUCGCUUUCAUAAUCGAUCUAGAUCUUAUCAAACAAGUUCUUGUUAAGGACUUCAAGAACUUUCAGGAUCGUGGAACUUUCAACAACGUACGUGACGAGCCUCUAACGGGACAUUUGUUCAGUCUCGAGGGCGAAGAAUGGAAAGCCAUGAGACACAAGUUGACACCGGUUUUCACUUCCGGCAAGAUGAAGCACAUGUUUGGUAGUGUCGUUCAGGUCAGUGAUCAUUUGGUCAGCACAAUGGGUAAAUAUGCAAGUGCUGCGGCCACAGAUGGAGGGGAUGUGGAAAUCAAGGAACUGUGUUCCCGAUUUACCACAGAUGUUAUUGGUACUUGUGCUUUUGGCUUAGAAUGCAACAGUUUGGCAGAUCCCAAUGCUGAGUUCCGCUCCAAAAGUCGAAUGUUGGCUGAGAAACAGCGCCAUAACCAGUUAAUUCAAGCCUUCAUAUUCACAAAUGGAAAUCUCGCUAAAAAAAUGAGAUUAAAGGCUUUGCCCGAUGAUCUGCAUGAUUUCUUCAUAAACGCUGUUCGAUCGACAGUCGAUUAUCGACUUAAAAAUAAUAUUAAGCGGAACGAUUUCCUCGAUCAGCUGAUCCAAUUGCGUGCAGAAAAUCAGGAGGAAGCUCGACGAGGUAAUGGAAUUGAUCUAUCAAAAGGACUGACCAUUGAGCAAAUGGCAGCACAGUCUUUUGUUUUCUUUAUUGCCGGAUUCGAAACAUCCUCCAGCACCAUGGCCUUCUGCCUUUAUGAAUUGGCUCUACAGCAAGAUGUUCAACAGCGUUUACGCGAUGAGAUUGAAAAUGUUCUGAAAGAUGUGUCCAACGGAGAACUUACUUACGAAGCCAUCAACCAAAUGACUUAUUUGGAACAAGUACUUUUAGAAACGCUGCGAAAACAUUCAAUUAUACCCCUUAUUCAGCGUGUGGCAAGCGUAGACUAUAAGGUACCUGGCACUGAUAAGAUCAUCGAGAAGGAAACAAUACUCGUAAUACCUGUGCACAAUAUUCAUCACGAUCCCGAAAUUUAUCCCGAUCCCGAUCGUUUUGAUCCAUCGCGAUUCGAACCAGAAGCUAUCAAGGCGCGUCAUCCAUAUGCCUAUUUGCCAUUUGGAGAUGGUCCUCGCAACUGCAUUGGUGAACGAUUUGGCAAAAUGCAGGCCAAGAUUGGUCUGAUAUCGCUAUUGCGUCACUUUAAGUUUGGCGUAUCUGAUCGCACUGAAAUACCGUUAAUCCUUGCAACCCGCAACUUCACAAUGAACACUAAAUAUGGCAUUCAUCUUAAGGACUUCAAGAACUUUCAGGAUCGUGGAGUUUUCAACAACGCUCGUGACGAGCCUCUAACGGGACAUUUGUUCAGUCUCGAGGGCGAAGAAUGGAAAGCCAUGAGACACAAGUUAACACCGGUUUUCACUUCCGGCAAGAUGAAGCAUAUGUUUGGCACUGUCGUUCAAGUCAGUGAUCAUUUGACCACCACAAUGCGUAAAUAUGCAAGUGCUGCGGCCACAGAUGGAGGGGAUGUGGAAAUCAAGGAACUGUGUGCCCGGUUCACCACAGAUGUUAUUGGUACUUGUGCAUUUGGCUUAGAAUGCAACAGUUUGGCGGAUCCCAAUGCUGAAUUCCGCUCCAAAAGUCGUAUGUUGGCAGAGAAACCGCGUAAUAACCAGCUAAUUCAAGCCUUCAUAGUUACCAAUGGAAGGCUCGCUGCAAAAUUGAGAAUGAAGGUUAUGCGAGAUGAUCUGCAUGAGUUCUUUAUAAACGCUGUUCGAUCGACAGUCGAUUAUCGACUUAAGAAUAACAUUAAACGGAAUGAUUUCCUUGAUCAGUUAAUCCAAUUGCGUGCAGAAAAUCAGGAGGAAGCUCGUCGAGGUAAUGGAAUUGAUCUAUCAAAAGGACUGACCAUUGAGCAAAUGGCAGCACAGGCUUUUGUUUUCUUUGUUGCCGGAUUCGAAACAUCUUCCAGCACCAUGGCCUUCUGUCUUUAUGAAUUGGCUCUUCAGCAAGAUGUUCAACAGCGUUUACGCGAUGAGAUUGAAAAAGUGUGCGAAGAGGUGUCCAAUGGAGAACUUACUUACGAAGCCAUCAACCAAAUGACUUAUUUGGAACAAGUACUUUUAGAAACGCUGCGAAAACAUCCAAUUGUACCUCACUUACAGCGGGUGGCAAGCGUAGACUAUAAGGUACCUGGCACUGAUAAGAUCAUCGAGAAGGGAACAAUACUCGUAAUACCUGUGCACAAUAUUCAUCACGAUCCCGAAAUUUAUCCCGAUCCCGAUCGUUUUGAUCCUUCGCGUUUCGAACCUGAAGCUAUCAAGGCGCGUCAUCCAUAUGCCUACUUGCCAUUUGGAGAUGGUCCUCGCAACUGCAUUGGUGAACGAUUUGGCAAAAUGCAGGCCAAGAUUGGUCUGAUCUCGCUAUUGCGUCACUUUAAGUUUGGCGUAUCUGAUCGCACUGAAAUACCUUUAAUCCUUGCAACCCGCAACUUCACAAUGAACACUAAAUAUGGCAUUCACCUUAAGUUCGAAAUGGUUUUGUUAACGCUUGCCCUGCUGGGUGUGGCAAUAGUCUUAUUGUACAAGUUCUACCAGAAUUCCUUCAACUAUUGGAAUCAUCGUGGAGUGCCUUUUGAGCGCCCUCUUCCAUUUAUUGGGAAUAUGAAAGGCCUUGGAAGGAAAUAUCACUUUCGUGAUAUUAAUGGCAGACUUUAUAAAAAAUUCAAAGGCACUGCGCCGUUCGCGGGAAUGUUCAUGUUCUUCAAACGAGUCGCUUUCAUAAUCGAUCUUGAUCUUGUUAAACAAGUUCUCAUUAAGGAUUUCAAGAACUUCCAGGAUCGUGGAGUUUUCAAUAACGUUCGUGACGAGCCUCUAACCGGACAUUUGUUCACUCUCGAGGGCGAAGAAUGGAAAGCCAUGAGACACAAGUUAACACCGGUUUUCACCUCCGGCAAGAUGAAGCACAUGUUUGGUAGUGUCGUUCAGGUCAGUGAGCAUUUGACCAGCACAAUGGGUAAAUAUGCAAGUGCUGCGGCCACAGAUGGAGGAGAUGUGGAGAUCAAGGAACUGUGUGCCCGGUUCACCACGGAUGUUAUUGGUACUUGUGCCUUUGGCUUAGAAUGCAACAGUUUGGCGGAUCCCAAUGCAGAAUUCCGUUCCAAAGGUCGUAUGUUGUUCGAAAAGCCGCGUCAUAAUCAGUUGGUUCAAAGCUUCAUAUUCACAAAUGGAAAUCUCGCUAAAAAAAUGAGAUUAAAGGCUUUGCCCGAUGAUCUCCACAAUUUUUUCAUAAACGCUGUUCGAUCGACAGUUGAUUAUCGACUUAAAAAUAAUAUUAAGCGGAACGAUUUCCUCGAUCAGCUGAUCCAAUUGCGUGCAGAAAAUCAGGAGGAAGCUCGUCGAGGCAAUGGAAUUGAUCUCUCAAAAGGAUUAUCCCUGGAGCAGAUGGCAGCACAGUGUUUUGUUUUCUUUAUUGCCGGAUUCGAAACAUCCUCCAGCACCAUGGCCUUCUGCCUUUAUGAAUUGGCUCUACAACAAGAUGUUCAACAGCGUUUACGCGAUGAGAUUGAAAAUGUUCUGAAAGAUGUAUCCAACGGAGAACUUACUUACGAAGCAAUGAACCAAAUGACUUAUUUAGAACAAGUACUUUUAGAAACACUACGAAAACACUCGAUCCUGCCUCAUCUUUUACGUGUGGCAGGUGAGGACUAUAAGGUCCCUGGCACUGAUAAGAUCAUCGAGAAAGGAACAACACUCCUAAUUCCCGUGCACAACAUUCAUCGUGAUCCCGAAUAUUAUCCCGAUCCCGAUCGUUUUGAUCCAUCGCGAUUCGAACCUGAAGCUAUCAAGGCUCGUCAUCCAUAUGCCUACUUGCCAUUUGGAGAUGGUCCUCGCAAUUGCAUUGGUGAACGCUUUGGGAAAAUGCAGGCCAAGAUUGGACUGAUCUCGCUAUUGCGUCACUUCAAGUUUGGCGUCUCUGAUCGCACCGAGAUACCGUUGAUCCUUGAAACUCGCAGCUUCACAUUAAGUAGUAAACAUGGCAUUCAUCUAAAGGUGGAACAAAUUUGAAGAAAAUAAACUCUCUUCUCAUGCAUUGUACAUGUAUAUCUCCUAAAAUUGUCCUUUGUAUUAUUUUGAUAUUAUAUUUGUAAAAAAUUAAAAAUUUUAAAGAUGUAGUUAACGGCAGAUAUCCCAGUGCAAUAAUACGCGCUACAUCAAUGUGUAAUUUUAGCAAGACAAAUUUGCAAUGUCAUUCUGACAUUUUUAUUCUGUUUGGCGAACACUAAUUAAUUAACAAAUGGGAAUUCCACCUAUGAUUAUUUAUGUUAAUAAAAUUUCAUCAUGGUUUCUUUAAAGUUCAAUUCUAUAUUUAGGAACAUUUGUAUUAUCAAUGGCCUAUAAAAAGGUGCAUGAUAAUAGAACGUAAAUAGCAUAAUAAUAAACAAAUGUCUAAAAUGAAUUUAGCUCUCAUAUCAAACAUGUAAUAAAUUUGUUUUAAUCU